AUGACCAGCCACGAUACUUCCAUCUUGUCGGAUGAUUCGCUAUACGACCCACGAAGAACGCAUGGCCUAGCUAAGAUAGACGCCGCACAUCCACCACCGAAGAAGUUGUUGAAGAAGCCGAAGUCACCCCGUAAAUGGAGUUUGUUUGGUCGUUCGACGGCCCAAUCUGCCAGCAAGACCAAGGAGUCAGAGACACCAAAGCCCGUUGCAGCACCAGCAGGCGGGCAGAAGAAGUCUGUGGCAUUCUACACGAUGAUGGAUGCUUCGGAACAGGAGGAAGUCCUUCCGGAUGUCAAGCAGGUGCUUCGUGAAGCCCAGGCUCCAACAGCAUCUUUGCAAGCUCCGCAGAGCACCGCAGGUCUCAAAGAGCAUCCCGGCUGUGGCCCCGAAGGUCGAACCAAGAAAGUCUUUGGGCCAGCCGACACGGACAACACCGGCCCUAACAACAGCAGCAUCAUCAACGAGGCCCCCAACCACUCGCUCGAAUCGUUUGCCCCAGAGCCCAAGACUGAGGAGCCGAAGACUGUUGAAAAGGGAGAAAAUAAAUCGUCGUCGGCCUACAGGCUAUCCAGGGAUGUUCCGUCCGAAGCAAGCCGCUCACAAAACGAAUUCCUGUCUUUCCCUCCACGCAAGGAUUCUGAAGGCACCUCGACCACAUCUUCCAGCUGCUCAGGCCUCCUCAGCUAUUCUGACGCCACAGCCGUCAUCCCAGGACCAAAUGCUCCUCUGGCUGAGGAUGAGGUGUGGGACGAGUACAAUGAUCUCAUGGGCGAGGAUGCCCUCAGAGUGCCCCCCUCGGCAGGCUCAUCGCAGGGCAAGCCGUUCCAUCUCGAGAUGUGGGCAAGACACCUUACCAACGAGAAGAACACUCAGCUGGAGUCACCAACCAUAGACGCAUACGUGGAGUCGGACUGCGAGACAGAAUUCGAGGCGGAGGCCCAGGAUGAGCCUGCGCCCAUGUCCUCCAGCGGUUACAGCUCCGGUCUCACUGCAAAAAUUGACGAGACGUUGGAGUCAAUUGGAGGGGCGGCUUCUUCUUUCAGCAUUAGCGACUUUGUCAGCGGAUACGGCGAUCGCAACAACAGCCUCAACUCUCAGUCUCAGCUCCAACGCACAAGCACUGCAUCAUCUCAGAAGGCACGGGUUAUUCGAGAUUCUCACGCCAGCGGGAGCAGCCAAGGGUCCGAUGACAACUCAGCCGUGUCGCAGGUCAACCUUCGUGUUGGCUCGAUGACUGUGAGCAAGUGGCUGACCUUUGGUCAUGUGCUCUUCAGCCCAGUCAGGGACGAGCUGAUUCCGAUGACGGGCUCUCUCAAACGACACUCUAUCCUGGUGAUCGACGGGCUUGGAAAUGACGACUGGUCUUUCUACGCGGCCGAGACGUACCCUGCGGCUACGUUCUUUAACCUCUCUCCCCGCUCACCACUACCGACCGAGAGCCAGGGUCCAUCAUCCAGCGCUCCUCUAAGCCCGCCAAACCACCACCAGAUCCAGUACAAGUCACACAUGGACAGGUUUCCCUUUGGCUCUCAGAGCUUCACAUCUGUGGUGUACCGAUUCCCCUCCGCUGUGCCCGAGUCUCACUACCGCAACAUCGUCUCCGAGGCUCGUCGCGUGCUGAAGCCGGGAGGUUAUAUGGAGCUGUCGAUCCUUGACAUCGAUCUGAACAACAUGGGGAACCGGGGCCGCCGUGCCGUCCGGCAACUCAAGGAGCGUGUGCACAUACGCUCACCAAACGUCAGCCUCGCCUCCAGCUCGGACCUGCUACUACGUCUCCUCGGUCGCAAGGGUUUCACCGACAUCAAGACCUGCCGCCUAGGCGUGCCUGUGGCGAGUGCUCUCGCGCCGUCCGAGUCAUCUACGUCGGCCUCGUCCUCUGCGAGGACCGGUACCAGGACCGGUCCCACCAGAUCCACGAGCGGCAAGGCCAAGAGGGACACGCGAAGUCUCGCCGAGAUCAUAAGUGAUGACGGCCCCAUCGCCGACGAGAGCAUCACCAAGAUGGUUGCCAAGGUCGGGCGGUGGUGGUACGACCGCUGCUACGAAAGCGUCGCGCCUGCUCCUGGCGGCAGGAGCAUGUGGAGUGACCCAGCUCUACUUGCCGAGUGCGAGGAGUGGAGGACGACUUUGAAGCUGAUGGUGUGCCAUGCACGCAUGCCAGAUGCCCGUGGUCGCCUCGCAAGCAUCUGA